AUGUCCCUCGACGAGGAAAGCAGUCGCUUGGAUGAUUUAGUGCUCGAUGAAGAAAGCGCCACGUACAAUGACGAAGAGAGCACUGUGUACAAUGGCAAGCCUCAUCUAGACGGACAGGAUCUGCAAAUGCUUGCCACAAACUUGCAAGAGAAAAUGUUGAAUAUGGAGACACGGCUGAAACGAUGUGAAGAUCAAGGAAUGCGAAAAAGAUCAUCAAAGCCGAGGCCUUCCCUCAAAGCAGCCCCUGUUUUUACAAGUUCGAUGUCAUUUCGGAUGGACUUGGACCCAAUGGACGAUGACGAAGACGACGAAGACGAGGUUAGGGCCUUUCCACACAGUACAGUCUCGUUCCUCUUGCUCGCAAAAUGGCCAUUGUGUGGGCACAAUCCACCUGAGGAUGCUAUAGAAUGCAGCCAACAAGGAAAUGUCCUCAGAACAACGCAUCGGUCUCGUGACUAUAUGUGCCUACCAUUUUGGUUCUCAUUGGGCAUUGUGGUAUUGCAAGCCGGGGUGUACACUCUUGCCUUAUACAAUGCAAUAGAUAUCACCAAUCCCAAAAACCCACUCAAAAUACCUGUCAAUGUAGAUCCCUUUACUCGCACUGCUGAGUUGAUUGCUGUUGUGAUCACUGUGUACACACAAAACAACAUUUUCCAGGGUCUCGAUCUCUUUGUACAAAGCUUUAAGUAUAUCCGUGGGGUACCAGGAGUGACAGUAUACAAGUACUACCUCGCAGCCUUGACACAAGUCAACGUCGGUAUCUUUGGAAUAUUUGUUACCUUCGUAAUCAUUAUGCAAUCUGAAGAAGUCGUGGACCUGUUGCUGAAUUUCACCGCCAUGGAAUUCGUAGCCAGCCUCGAUGACGCAGCGUUUGUGUUGGCUUGGAGAGGUUUCUUUGGAAGGGCCAUGAAGGACACGGCAAGCGUUGUUGCAGAGGUGAAGUACACCCCAAAGGAUAAGCACAAGUGGCUACGAAAGUGGCCACUUUUCGUUGUACUCUUGGUUUUGAUGGGGUGUUAUGCUCUGAUCCGAAUAAUGCAGGACAAUCGCAUAUUUGGAGACAAUGAGGUUUAUAUCCAGCUGCACGACGAUGCCAUUCCAUGGCUUUCAACGUUGUCUGGAAUGUAUUUUGGUUGCUAUCUUUCCGAUUAUAGCGAUGUGAGAGAUAGAACCGAUUCAAGUGUUGGGCGAAUCAUCUACACGAAGCUACCAACAGAUCGGUGUGAAGACAACUGGAAAAAUGAGCACGCGGCAUUCUUCUACUGUGGCGAAAGCUGGGUGCUUGCAGUAGGAGAUGACAUGAUGUACCCUUGUGAUCGAUGGACGCUGAGGUCUUUCAAAGCUAACUCAGCGAACAUUGAUGCUUACGACAUCUUGACACAUUCUACCGAUCUCUGGUUCGCAAAGGACGAGAAGAACAUCUCGAAGGAUGGAGUUCUCGAGACGAUGGAGUUUUUGGCCUCUUUUGUUCCCGUUGAGCAUGUCGAGUUGAAUUGCAAAGAUCUAGGGUCUGAAGGGUUCGUCUUCACCUUUCCAAUCUAUGAGCGCUUGGAUAUUUUCAUUGGAGAUCGUCCCGUGUACUAUGCAGAUGCAGAGCUGCUGGAGAAUGAAGUCAACGGGGAAUACAUUAUUUUCAGUGGAAGACGGUGGCUGGCCAUCAGGGAACGAGAGUUGCAUCUCGAUUGCAUAUCUGGGUGCAGUCGAACUUCCAUUGACGCUCAAUGUCGCACUGAGUGCCUCCGAUCUUUUGAUCUGUACGCUUCCAAUUACACCGUGCAUCUGAUCAGUGACCCAUUGGAUCUCAGAACAACUACCGAUACCUGGGUGCCGACCGAUGAUCUGCGCUGGUAUGUCGCGGAAGGUCAUGGGAGGGCUUCCAAGCCGCACAUCGUCAAACAGAAUCUAUUUGCCCAAAUCGACGGAAUUCCAGCCGUGUUGGAAGCUGGUAGCGCCAAGAAUGCUACUUACCAGCAACUGACUGAGAUGGAAGAGCUCUUUGUGCCAUCUGCAAAUCUUCAUUGUGAAUGUGACGACAAGCAUGAGGAAGAUUGCUACGGUAUUCUAUACUGUCCAGACGGCGGAACCAAAGUGUGGAUCGAUCUGAAAACAGACUCUCAUGCGCAUGAAAUCCACUUUUUGGUGACAGAAUUGGAUUUUUUCCAUGAUACUCUGGUGCAGGCAUCACAGGUGCAUCCAUAUUUUGAGUGGGGCGAUUUGAAAAAGGAAGCGAACGGGUAUGAGGUGUUGAAUGACACUGGCCAUUUCGAUUGGCACCAUGUCCAAAGCGGCUCCUUUGACCACUUGGAAGAAUAUAGAUACGUUAGCUGUUUGCCGGUGAAUGAAUGUGGAGUGAUAUAUUUUGAGGACACCUUUGGCGAUGGUAUUGCAAACCCUGGAAGCUUUGAGGUGUACGCGAAUGGUAAAGCUUUGCACGGGGAGGGUGAAACUGAGUUGGUGUCGAAGAAGAAUUGUGCAUACCACUUUGGGGAGACUUGCGAGACAGAAGUCAUUUGCUCUGAUCGCCCCUUGGAUAUAGCAGAUUUCUUCACAUCUGGCUUUUGA